CUUUCCUAAAGGGGCCAGGCCUGCAGGGGGCGGGACCCUGCAUGUCUUGGCCUUCGAUUGGACCAGCCCUCGCCUGCGCGGCUUCCAGAUUAGUCGGCUUGUGCUCCUCUCCCCGCCCUCUUCGAGGCUUCCGCUUCCGGUCCUGACGGACGCUUCGGCUGUAACGAUGAUCGGGGACGUCCUGCUGUUCGGGACGCUGCUGAUGAACGCCGGGGCGGUGCUCAACUUUAAGCUGAAAAAGAAGGACACGCAGGGCUUUGGGGAGGAGUCGAGGGAGCCCAGCACAGGUGACAACAUCCGGGAGUUCCUGCUGAGCCUCAGAUACUUCCGGAUCUUCAUCGCCCUGUGGAAUGUCUUCAUGAUGUUCUGCAUGAUCGUGCUGUUCGGCUCCUGAGCCCCAGAUCUACGCCUUCCCGGUGACCAGGAACCAGGAACCGCCUUCCCGGAUGCUGAGUCUCCCUUCCUCUGCUCCUGACAACUUCGAGAAUGGUUUUGCCUGGAAAACCAACGACCUUCCCAGAAAGCCCAAGCUCGUGGUGGGUGGAAAAAAUGUUCGCCAGGCUGCGCACGACUUCCCAGCCCCAUCCUUGUUUUCUUUUCAAAGAUCUUUUCACUGUGGUCUCUGCCUUGAAAUGCUGACUACUUCAGGAGUUUGAGGAGGGUUUACGGAAGGGGAAUGUGGUAACGUUGCAUUCCCCACAGAUAAAAGAACAUGGCUAGGUUGUUUUUUUAGAUCGGAAUUCCUCUUCUUCCAAGCUUCUGCUAGAAACCCAUUUCUGGAUAUUCCUUCAUUUAGUUUUUAAUAGCCGUCUUUUUUUGGUUCCGGUUACACAAGUUUUGAAGAAAUCCUCUUUAUCCAGGGAUCUGAAACAGAAAGGUUGGCUUUUGAGUUUGAUGCAGCCUCUUUAUUGGACCAUAUUUACGAAUAACAAACAAGUUCAUUGUUUCUGGGCCCAUGUCCAAGUCUAGAUGGGCUCUGCUUGGCCACCCAGUGUCGCUGAGGUCAUUCCCAGGACUUUAAGGGUGAAGUAUUACCGAUUCCUGUGGAAGAGAGCUACAGCAUAGUUGACAGAGGCAGAUGUGAGUGUUAGGAGAAACUUUGCCUUGCCUCGCGGCCCUCUGUUAAAGUCACUUUUGGGGCCAUCGUAUCAUUUUCAGAAGGAGAGUGACUUAACGCGGGGGUACUGAGACCCAGUUCUCAAAGUUUGGAAUUCCGGGUCUGCUUUUCAAGUGAGUGAUUUCAAGGUUGAAAAGCAGUGAGCGUCACUCAAGGAACUUGAGCAUCUUGCACGGAAGCUUCAUUGCAAGGCGGGUCUUCUGGCGCCAAGACGCAAUGCCGGUGGCCGGCACCCAGCUCCUGCCCGUGUUUGAUUUGUUCGUUGUGGUUUUUGCAAUCCUGAUUUAUAGGUAAACCUGACGGGAGAAAAAAAAAGUCACUAAGUAAAUCUGCAGACUUGCGGAACGAAGUAGCAUUGAGAAUAAAGCUCAUUUCUAAAAAGGA